GGGGCAGCACCGACCAAUGAGAGAACUAAACCGACUUGACACUGACGAAGAAGAAAACGUCACCAGGAACAGGAAGUAGCGCUGCUGCUAAAGGCCUCCAGCAUGGCGGGCCGACGGGCUCUGAAGGCGGUGCUCAUCGACCUGAGUGGAACUCUGCAUGUAGAGGACACGGCGGUACCUGGAGCUCAGGAAGCCCUCAGCAGGUUACGGCAGGCGUCUGUAGCUCUGAAGUUUGUCACCAACACGACCAAGGAGAGUAAGAGGAACCUGCUGGAACGACUGCAACGCCUCAACUUUGACCUGCAGGAAAAAGAGAUCUUCACUUCUCUGAGUGCAGCGAGGAGUCUGCUGGAGCAGAAACAGCACCGACCGCUGCUGCUGGUGGAGGACAGCGCUCUGGAAGACUUCAGCGGUAUCGACACGUCGGAGCCGAACGCUGUCGUUAUCGGACUCGCUCCCGAUCACUUCAACUACCAAACACUCAACACAGCUUUCAGAAUGAUCCUGCAUGGAGCUCCUCUCAUCGCCAUCCAUAAGGCUCGCUACUACAAACGUAAGGACGGUUUGGCCCUCGGCCCCGGACCGUUUGUGACCGGCCUGGAGUUCGCCACCGACUGUAAAGCUACUGUAGUGGGAAAACCCGAAAAGACGUUUUUUAUGCAGGCUCUGUGUGAUCUGGAAUGUAGCCCCAGUGAAGCUGUCAUGAUAGGAGACGACGCCAGGGAUGAUGUAGGCGGAGCUCAGAAUGCAGGAAUGCUGGGUAUUCUGGUCAGAACCGGUAAAUACAGAGAAGGAGAUGAGAAUAAAAUCAGCCCGCCUCCCCACCUGACAUGUGACAGUUUCCCAGACGCCGUCGAACACAUCCUGCAGAACCUGCUCUGAGCUAUAAGUAACAACAAACCAGCAGAGCUUCAUUUGCUCACGUUGUGUUUUAACAACAUAGAGAAGAAAGUUAGAAUUACUGUUCUCAUCCCAAACAAGCUGACAAAGGUCAAAUAAUGAUGCUGCAGCAGAUUCACUGACAGAAGAGUAUUUAAUACAAGUUAUCAGUCAGAAUGUAGAAUGAAAAACUUUCAAUAAAAUCUGUAUUUCAGACGCACCAGCUGUCUGCGUUGCCACCAAAAUAAGAUUUUUGUUUCAUUAGGAUGUAUACAAUUACAGAUAAAUAAAAAAUACAUGUAUUAGCAAACAUUUUUACGUGUUAUUUUAUUGCUUUUCAUUGGAUUUUGCAUAGACACUGAAUAAAUUAGCAGGAGGCUACUGUUCUACUUUAA